UUUCAUCAUGCCUUCAAAUCCUGAAAUUUCGACUCCGCCUUCAAAACUCUCUGAUGCUUUUCUUAGCCACCCCUUCCAUCUCCACCAUGAAUUUUCUGACAUGACCUCACUCAAAGAAUUACCCGACUCCUAUGAUUGGACUGAUCAGCCAAACGUGGUUCCCACUGCCACCGGCGGCGGGGACUCCGUCCUCUUCGAACCCCUGCCGGUUGUUGAUUUCAAUGAUCCUGAUGCCCUUCAACUUAUUGGGCGUGCAUGCAAAACUUGGGGGGCUUUUCAAGUCAUAAAUCAUGGCAUCCCCACUUCCAUUCUUGACCAAACUGAGCUUACGACUAGAAAACUUUUCUCUUUACCAAUUGAACAAAAGCUGAAAGCUUGUCGUUCACCUGAUGCAAUUUCGGGCUACGGAUUGAUAAGAAGCCAUUCAUUCUUCUCUAAGAUUAUGUGGUCUGAAGGGUUCACUGUCCUUGGAUCACCGCUCCAUCAUUUUCGUCAACUUUGGCCUCAAGAUUAUGCUAAACAUUGUGAUGUCAUAGAAGAAUACAAGAAGGAGAUGAAAAUAUUAGCACAAAAGCUAAUGUGGCUAAUGCUGGGUUCACUGGGCAUAACCAAGGAAGACGUUGAUUGGGCUGACUCGAAUGGUUACAUACUGGAUGCUUCUUCAGUAUUACAAAUGAAUCACUACCCUGCUUGUCCGGAUCCGGACCGGGCCGUGGGUAUGGCUGCUCAUACCGACUCCGAUUUCCUGACUAUUGUCUAUCAGGAUAACACCAGUGGAUUGCAGGUCCUAAAAGAGGGGACCGGAUGGGUCCCUGUCCCGGUAAUUCCGGAUGGGCUUGUGGUGAAUGUCGGGGAUUUGCUUCACAUAUUAUCAAACGGGUCGUACCCCAGUGUGCUCCACCGGGCUGUGGUGAACCGGUCCAAGGCUAGAAUUUCCGUUGCAUAUUUUUAUGGACCACCAGCCACAGGCCAAGUCUCACCCUUGCCCAAGCUAAUUGGGCCGGGUCAUCCGCCACUGUAUCGUACCAUUACUUGGGGUGAAUUCCUUGGCGUCAAAGCUAAAUAUUUCAAUCGAGCACUGUCAUCAAUAAGAGUUACAGAAACUCCUCCAAUUGAAUUUGUUGAUGCAAACGACGACGAUAAUAGUAUAGAAGUGGCUUAGUAUAUGUUUGAGAUUCUUGUCUCUAAAAAAAUAUUAAUUAAAAUAAUUAAUAGUUU